AUGUCUCCCUUGCUUCUCCUCCUCCUGGCUCUAGCCCUCCCCCAAGCGCUAGCCACACAGGGCCCGGCGUCGGAGACCCAGGAGGACGACGUGCGGUGCCUACGCGGCGUCAAGAGCGCCCUCGCGGACCCCGACGGCCGCCUCUCGGCGUGGACCUUCGGCAACACCUCGGCGGGCGCCGUCUGCGACUUCCCCGGAAUCACCUGCUGGAACCCGCAGGAGUCGCGCGUCCUCGGGCUCUCGCUCGCCGGCUUCGGCCUCCAGGGCACCGUCCCCUCCGCGCUCAAAUACUGCCGGUCCACCAACACGCUCGACCUCUCCAAGAACGCGCUCGAGGGGCCGAUCCCGCCCGCGCUCUGCGACUGGCUCCCCUUCCUCGUCGUCCUCGACCUCUCCGGCAACCGCUUCUCCGGGCCGCUCCCCUCCGAGCUCGCCAACUGCCGCUACCUCAACUCCCUCAAGCUCAGCCACAACAACUUCUCCGGCCAGAUCCCCGCGUCUCUCUCGCGGCUGGAGCGGCUCAAGUCGCUCGACCUCUCUGAGAACCGGCUCGACGGCCAGAUCCCGCCCCAGCUCGGCGCGACAUUCCCCAAGGAGUCCUUCUCCGGGAACCCAGGGCCUGUGUGGACGCCCUGUGUCCUCGCACUGCGGCCGCGAUUAGCAGUUGGACAAGCAAAUUUAAACAUAGACAUGAGUUAG